AUGGCAGAGACUUCACUUGUAUUGGUUUACUACAAUGGUUCAAUCAUUGCUAAUGAAGACACAAUUAUAUUUUCGUCGGAGGAUCAAUCAUAUUUUUAUGUCAAAGACGACAUCUUGUACGAAAAUUUAAAGAGAUCCAUUAAAGAAAACAUUGAGACUGUUGAAUACCAAGGAGUUUCAUGUAUCAAAUACCAGCUCCCAAUUUCUUCAAGAUCUAGUAAGAUUUGCUAUCGGUCAUUCAAAUUGCGUAAUAACCGAGAUGUUCGGAUGAUGUUCGACUGCCACAAAAGAAAUCCAGAUAUUAGCAUCAUUGAAUUGUACGUGGAGUUCAGCGCUGCAACUUUCGAGGGUGCUCCUUCCCAACAACAAACCGCCACAGAUGAUGAAGUUCAACGCAAUUUGAGACGGGAGAGGAUUUCAUCACCAUGCCAAGUUAAUGAACCUGAACGGCUCUCUAUGGAGUGGAGGGCACAAGAUGAUCCACCACCCAACAAUUAUUUUACUAAUUCACAACAUCUACAAGGCGGAACAAGUUCUUUUUAUGAUACUCAUGAAACCGAAUUCGGUCAGUAUGGCCGAUCCAGUGGAGACGAUGAGGACGACGAUGGUGACAGCUUUGGGGAAGACACUGAAGCAAGUGUUGAUGACAUUCAGUUAGAAGAAUGCAAUCUUGAAGACGUUCCAAUGACCAACCAUAAUUUUAUGAUGGCACCAAUGGAGCCUCCAGCACAUAUGCAGACCCUUGAUUUGGAAGCAAUGCCCGCACAAGAAUUUCCGGAGUACCCUUUAUUGUAUGCCGACACAUUAACUGGAGCAACGACAAAUGGAGAUCUUCAUGUAGGCAUGAGGUUUCGAAGCAAAGAUGAUGCUAUGACCGCAAUUAAGCAUUACUGCUUACUUAAAUCUGUCGAAUACAAAGUUAUUGAGUCUGAUCCGACUCGAUACUCCGGUAAAUGUAAGUCAUAUGGUGAUGAGUGCAAUUAG